AGUUCCAGGUAAUGGAUAAAUUCAAUCAAAGUUUGAUCACAAAAUAAGAAUGAAAGCUGAACUACAUUUAUGGAUAUGGAAAUUUUCUUACAUUCUAUUAUGACAGAUGCAAAAGGGUCUAAAAGUAAUAUUGCUGCAAAAUUCCAAAAUGCUCUAAAUUUACAUUUUAUUCCUCCAAUUGGUGUCUUUUGGGAUAUUGAAAACUGUCAGGUUCCAAAAGGAAAAUCUGCUAUUGCUCUUGUGAAAAACAUUAGAGAAAGAUUUUUUACAAAUCAUCGAGAGGCUGAAUUCAUGUGUGUUUGUGACAUAAACAAGGAAAACAAGACUGUAAUCCAAGAAUUAAUAUUAUCUCAGGUUACUGUUGUUCACAUCAGUGCUACGAGCAAAAAUGCUGCAGAUGAUAAAAUUAAACAAUGCAUGCGAAGGUUUGUGGAUACCCAUAGUGCACCAUCAACAUUGCUCCUCAUUUCAGAUGAUGUCAACUUUGCGUCCGAUUUAUCUGAUUUUCGUCAUCGCCAUAAUAUUCACAUUAUUUUGUUGCAUAGAGGUCAUGCUCAUCAAUCUCUUCUCACUUGCGCACAUGAGCAUUAUGAAUUUUCAUCCAUUGCUGGUGAUUUGCCCGUUAGAAGUCCAGUCAAACCUUCUGAUAAGCGUCCAAAUGAGCUGAUAGUCAGUGAACUACCCAUCAAUAAGAAUGUAGGAUUGUUAAAAAGUCAGUUAAAGAAAAUAUCCCAGAAUUGUGGUGGAAAAGUUAUGCAUAUAAAAGGGAGCCGGGCAACAAUCCGUUUUGCAAAUGCAGAAGCAGCAGAAAGAGCUCAAAGGCGAAUGGAUAAAGAGAUCGUCUAUGGCAGCGAAAUUUCUGUUAACUUCCGCAACAAAUCCGAUGCAGACCUCAGUGAUUCACCUCCAAGAGAUGUUAAAGGUUCCACUUCAAGCAAUGAGGCAUCUGCCAGUAGCUGUUCUAGUCGUGAUUCUUCAGUUUCCCCGCCUCGAGGAUCUGAACUAAAGCACAAUUACAAGGGUUUUAAAGCCAAAAGGAAAUUUAAUUUUCCUCCACCUCCAUUUUUAGACAAACAAAACUCACCUGCGUUGAUAAAGCAUGGCUUUUCUGAAGAAUUUUCAUUUGAUAAAUGUGCUAAGUCCGAAUCCAUGCCAAUGAUACAGAAAACAGAAUCAACCGAAGAUAAAAUGUUCCAACAGAACUGGAAUAAUGGUAAAGUUCUUCCACUGUCCAAUAGUAAAAGCUAUGAUCAAUCAGCAUUUUCACCUUUUCAAAAAACCAAAGAUGGUACGACUGCCAAAUACUCCCAAAGAAAUAUUGGCCGAGUAUCACCAUUUUUAAUGCAAGACUGUGAGAAAUCUGGAAGAAAUCUUAUGAUUCCUUUGAAUGAUUCUAACUGGCGAAAUCAGCUUCGUUCUGAUAAUAGCGCUAAUAUUUAUCCUAUUUAUUCUAAUCUAAGUUAUCCUAGUGUUUGUUCAAAUUUGAGCAUGGGUUAUACUGACUUGCCAAGAAUGAGUGAUAACGUUAUGUAUUCUUCUCAGUGGAAUGGUUCUGCUUACAACAAUGAUUCAUGUCAACUCAUCCAAAGAAAUCAACUACCCUGUGAUAGUUCAUCAGUAGAAUUAUUUGUUACCAAUUUAGAUCCUACAUUUGAAGUAAAUGAAAUGAAAAAAAUAUUGCUGUCUGUGUUUAGAGAACACAUUAUGGUACUUCAUAUAUCUAUGACAAUACAGCCUGAUGGCAGCACUAAAGCUACUGUUAAAGUUCCAUCAUUACAAGAUGCCCAGUAUGCCAUAUCACGAUUGCACCGGAGAAAAAUUGGUCACAAACGAAUACUUAUAUCAUAUGUAACAUCUGAUAAAAAUCCACCUUUUCAUGUUUUAAAAUCUGAAGCAGUUGCUCUUUUAAAUGACAUCCCAACAAAAAGUCUGCCUUUAAUCAAAUUCCGAGAGCUUUAUGAAAAAAGAUAUCAUCGACCUAUGACAGUCUCUGAUCUGUACAAAAUGAGAGAUGCUGUUACCAUUCAAGGAGACUCGGGUAGUCGCAUUGUAUACUUAAGUUCAGAGUAUUGCAAAACUCCUUCAAUUCCAGAAUCUGAAGAUUCUCAAGAUUCUAAUGUUGUGGAAAAACAGUAUUGCGAACGUCAUUUUCACAUUUCUUCUUCACAAGGAUGGGCCGAGCAGUAUAGUGUAUGUCCAUUGCCGCUUGUGUAUAUGUCUUUAAAAACAUUGUCAACUGCUGUACAUACUUUAUUAGAUACUCAUCAAGGCUGUCUUCCAUUAAUCAGUUUCUGUGAUUGUUAUGAGGCAGAAAUUGGACCGUUGCCUGUUGUUGGCAAUGGUAGUUAUCAUAGUACUCCCAAAACCAACAAAGGAGUGCCCCUUGAACAUCUCAUUGCUUGUGUAACAGGAGUAGAAGUUGCAAAAUCAGUUCUGUGCAUCAAAAAAGUUCAAUGGCUAGAAAAGAAAAUCGAUUCCCAGGGUAAAAAUAUUAUGUCAUAUCAGAAUGUUAGUCCAGCAUUAGCUGGUCAAUUAACAUUGUUUGGAAGGGAAGUAAUGGAUCUUCUGAAAAGUCAACCACAUUGCUUAAUUCAGUUCAAUAAGUUCAUUCCUAUAUAUCAUCACCAUUUUGGAAGGCAGUGUAGAGUUGCUGACUAUGGUUUCACCAAGCUGAUUGAUCUUUUGGAUUCAAUCCCACACAUUGUUCAGGUUUUAGGGGAAGGCCAGAGUAGGCAAGUUACUCUUACUCAUCGCACCCAAAUUAAAAGAUUUGCUGCCGAACUUCUCAGGAUUUUGAAAUCUCGCGCUAGUAAACAAAUAACUGUAACAGAAUUUCCACAAGCUUAUGAACAAGUUAUAGAAAAACCAUUUGAUAUUACAAAUUAUGGAGUUUGUGAAAUUGAUGACAUGCUAGAUGAAGUACCAGAAAACGUAAUUGUUACUUGUAACUCGGGCAGCGAAAUAAUAAUUGGGAUUCCAAAACGAGAACAAACUCCUGAAGAAAUUGAAAGAACAAAGCUAUUCGCCGAAGAAGUUAUUGAGUUAAUGAAACAUACACCAAGCUGCUCUAUGACCUUUAGCAAAUUCAUUCCAUCUUAUCAUCAUCAUUUUGGAAAACAGUGCCGUGUAGCUGAUUAUGGAUUCAUCAAAUUAAUAGAACUUUUUGAAGCAAUACCAGAUGUUUUAGAAGUGAAAGGAAAUGGAGAAGAUAAAAUCUUAAAUUUAGUUGAAGUGGAACAGCAUAAGAUUCUGACUGACCGCCUUGUAUCAGUACUUAAAGCACAACCAAAUGGAAUAAUUGAUGUUAAUCAAAUUAGCUCAGCAUAUGCCCAAAUGCAUGGCCAUGCAUUAAGACCAGCAGAUUUUGGUUUUUCUGAUUUACAAGAUCUCCUGAGGAAAAUGAACUCUGAAAUUAGGCUUCAUGUUGGAAACUACGAGUAA